CCGGGGGUGCUGGGGGCUGCCGCGGGAACGCCUGGCUCCCCCAGCGCAAAGUGACUACUGCAACUAACUCGAGGUUGGGACUACUUCUUGGAGGAUGCCCUGUGUAUCUCCAGUCACUCCUCUCCGGCCUCACCGCAGAAUAUUGGGAGUCGCUCGCCCACCCCUGCCGAGGGGGGACAGAGACACAGGCCUCCAGAGGGUUAAGUGCAUCUGCCUUUACGCGAAGUGUUCGAGCAGGAAAUAAUCUGCAGAGAUACAUGUGCAGCAAUUCAACUGCUGCUGCUCUCCCAGGCUGCCGCUGCUGCAGUUCGGUGGGUGAGAGAAGCCGCGCUGCUCACAGAAGAUGCUUUCUUGGCGUGUCCGAACCGCCCGGCAUGGCAGCAGAGCCCCGGCUGUCUGAGCUGGGGUAAAUGUCUCCAUCCAAGAGGAAUUAUUUUGACUUGCUGGCUCUGUCGGCUCCCUGAGAGGUCUCCCCGGCGUAUCUGAGUCUCCUCCCCGGUGAGCAGUUCAGCUCGGUGCCAUCCACAAGUGCAGAGUGCUUUGACAAGAGCACACGGAAGGCAUGCUAGCAAGACCAUGAGUCACAGACAGAACAAACUUUCCUAGCUCGUCGCUGUACCCUGGCCUCCAAUCCUCUUUGGAGCUUGGAGCAGCUACCAGAGGGGCUGAACUUUGCUGUUUCCUGCUGUGCUGCCCGGGACCUUUUCUGUGUUAGCAAAGGCUGAUGGAAACCUGCGUCUAGGUGGUACCACAUGCGAGUGAGACAUUCACCUUGCUCCCUGACGUCCUCUCCCUGCUUUGGUCCCUGCCAGCAGCGCUGUGUCACCACACACCAGAUGUGCAGGCGGCUGCAAAGAGCUUCCUUCCCUGAGCGCAGGUGCUCUAUUUCAAGAAAAAAAAUGGUGGACCUGGAAACCAGCUGGAGAUUGCAAAGUCUCCUUUUCCUUGAGGUUGCUGGUCAGUGGUCACCUUUCACCACACCCAAGGAAACUAGAAGAGUUCCACGUUAACUUCUGUAAGGUUUGUUUCACUAUGGAAGAUCAAAUGAUUUUCUGGCUCAGGUUUUGUGAAGUUCGGCACCUGCCUUGGACCCGCAGUUUGGAAAAGGGAUCAUCUCUGAGGCACGGUUAAGAGACAGAAAAACCAGUCCCAGACGAUGAGCACUUUAAGUAGCACUGGAAUAUUACUCAGCUUAACGACAGUGUCUGUUACGCUGGAUUUUAGUUUGCAUGGUGGUCUGAUGGCUUGGUCCUUAAGCAGCAAUUUGACUCUGAAUCAGAGUUUGCCUACAUCUGAUCCUCUUAAUGCCUCUGAGAAGGGCGAAGUCUCUCGGAUGUCCGUGAGGGAGAAGAACUGGCCAGCCCUCCUGAUCUUGGUUGUCAUCCUGUUGACCAUUGGGGGGAACAUAUUGGUAAUUAUGGCUGUGUCCUUGGAGAAGAAGUUGCAGAAUGCCACAAACUUCUUCCUGAUGUCCUUGGCGGUGGCAGACAUGCUGGUGGGUAUCCUGGUCAUGCCCGUGUCGCUCAUUACAGUCCUGUACGAUUAUGCUUGGCCUUUGCCUAAACAGUUGUGCCCUAUGUGGAUUUCCCUAGAUGUGCUCUUUUCAACUGCAUCUAUUAUGCAUCUCUGUGCCAUCUCUCUUGAUCGGUAUGUAGCAAUACGCAAUCCCAUUGAGCACAGCCGCUUCAAUUCCCGCACCAAGGCUAUUAUGAAAAUUGCUGCAGUUUGGACCAUAUCCAUAGGGAUAUCUAUGCCCAUUCCAGUCAUUGGUUUGCAGGAUGACUCCAGGGUGUUCAUAAAUGGGACCUGUGUCCUCAACGAUGAGAACUUCGUCCUCAUUGGGUCCUUCAUGGCGUUCUUCAUCCCUCUCAUCAUCAUGGUGAUCACGUAUUGCCUGACUGUCCAGGUGCUGCAAAGGCAGGCAACGGUGUUCAUGUGUGGAGAGGUGCCCAAGCAGAGGAGGAGCAGUGUAAACUGCCUCAAGAAGGAAAACAACACAGAAAACAUUUCAAUGCUUCACAAUCAUGAGGGGGCAUCUCACUUGAACUCUCCUGUAAAUAAGGAGGCAGUGCUUUUUCGGAAAGGAACUAUGCAGUCCAUCAACAACGAGCGAAGAGCCUCCAAGGUCCUGGGCAUCGUCUUCUUUUUGUUCCUCAUCAUGUGGUGCCCAUUUUUCAUCACUAAUGUCAUGUCUGUGCUCUGCAAGGAAGCCUGCGAUAAAGACCUCUUGAGUGAACUCCUUGAUGUGUUUGUUUGGGUGGGGUAUGUUUGCUCUGGGAUUAAUCCCCUCGUAUACACACUCUUCAAUAAAACGUACCGCAGGGCUUUUUCCAAUUACAUCCGUUGCCAAUACAAGACCAGUAAAAAAUCAGCACUGCGGCAGAAUCAGUGUCUGAAUGUUGCUUCAACAGCUUUAUAUGGGAAAGAUCUGACUUUAACUAGUUAUCGAAAUGGCAAUGAAUUCAAUAGCAUGGAACUAGAUGAAGCUGAGGAGGGCCUUGAAAUGCAACCAGGGACUUCAGAGCUCUCCAUAAACAGCUGUAAUGUUGUAAGCGAAAGAGUGAGCUGUGUGUAAAGGUGGCUCACACAGCCUUUUGCUACGGUGUAUCUGUAGCCAAAAUAUGUUGUGUAAAAAUGUAAGUGUUGGUCAAAGGACAAUGUAAAUAUUGCAUUCUGAACAAAGCUUUUUUUUUUAUGAAAAAAGUUGUCUUUCCAGUCCAGUACUUAAAAUCAUAUAUAUUAAUAUACUUCAGUGAAGUUUAAGGUUCUAUAUUUACUGUUAAUACUAGAUCAGAACUAUUAGUUACUUUGCAUAUGUCAUGGACAAAAUGUUUGAAUUCUUCUUCCAGUGCAUGAACAAAAAUGCUGAAUAUUUAUCUCAGGUGGCAUUUGCUGGAGUCCAGAAUGGCACGUUAAUAGUUAUAUAUCAAAUACAUGCUAUUAGACUUGGUCAGUAUAACUUUCUUUUUCAAGUUGACAGUAAAUAUAUACUUUAAAUCCUCACCCCUAUUUGUGCCGUGUAAAGAUUGUACAGAAACCUGGCAGAGAGACAUCAUGAAAGUGUGGCGGCUGUGCAGGCACCUGGCCAGACACGUCCUGUCACGGGCAGUGGCUCGCUGCCAUACUGGGGCAAACUUGCUCUUCAAGGGACCUCAGUUAAAUUUUGACUCCCUUGCCAAUCCUGUGGUUUUCUUCCCAUUCCCCAGGAGGCUUCAGCUCCCCUAAGGAAGGUAGGGAAUGCAGAUCUGCUGUGGCUUUGUCAUCCUGGCUGGGAUCACUUGCACACUUGGAGAAGAAACAUGAGAAACAGAAGGAACACCCGUUAUCUGCUUCAACCAUUUUAUAAAUGGAGGGCCUCAGAUUUAUAAAAAGUGCUCCUUUGCUCUUGUAGGUAAUCAUCAGCUCUGGGGUGGAGCAAGCCGUGCUCAGUGUGGAUGGCACUGCCUUCACAGACUGCUUGGAUGAUCAGGGUCUUUGGUUGACCUGGAGAAGAGCGCUCUGGCUUUGUAAGAGCUCUUGACUUCUCGGUCCCUGUCUAUUAUUUAAUCCUUAGCUUGUUUAGCAUUUAUUUUUAUUUUUCAGCAUCCUGGGACAUGCAGUGCUGGUGAUGAAGCACUGCUUUGGGUGUAGAGCAGAAGCUGCUGCGUGUGUGGUGCUGGUUGGGGUCAGGCUGGGAGAUGCAGGAUACUGGGAGAGGGGCAUAAAUGAGGGUCCCUGCUCGUUUCUCCUAUCUCAGGAGGGGGUGGGCAGAGCCGGACAGAGUAUCUGACUGGAAUCAUUUGCUGGUGACACGGUUCAAAAGCAAAUGAUGACAGAAAGGAAGCAGACCUGGAGGUAGUCUAUGUGGAAGAUUAGUCUGGAUUAAUUUUAACAUUUGAUUUAUUCCAUUUCACUCCGAAGUAAAUUAUAGUAUAUCCUAUUAACACCACUUACAUCUCAAUGAAAGCAUCCAUAUUGGGAUUUAAUGCAGUUUAAGUAAUCUGCUUUUAAUUCACACCAUGUAUAAUUUGAAUCCAUUUUCCACUGUGUUCCUGUGUAGACAAGUCUUCCAAGGCAUUGUGUCUUUCUGGCACUGUGCCUCUGGGUUGAUGCCUCUCAUUCAUUUCCUUAUGUAGGGUAUGGUCUAAUGCCAGAUAUCACCCAUAAGGUUUUUUUCAUCUUCAGUAACUAACACACAAAUGCUGCGGUGCCAUCUAACAUGGAUGCAUCGCUGACAGCCUCUGGCUAUAAAAAUCCUCAGAACAGAAAAGCAUGGCAUGGAUAAAUUGCAUUUUACUAACACAAACUGAUUAUAUUUAAAUUUGCUGUGUUCAUCCCACCAAAAUUAACUUGUAAAAGAAAUGGAAAAUUCUGCUAGUGUUAGUGUAACAUUGUGCUGUUGUAUUGCUGGGUACAGCAACAACCUUGUUGAGGCCACUACCAAAACACAACAUACGGGUUGCAUCUGCUGCUGGGUUGCUCCCAGCUUGAUGCGUUGAAGGUGAUGGUCCUCUCUUCUCCCUCAUCCUCUCCUAAAAGAAAUCCAUAGUACUUCGAUGCAGGCAGGCAAGGUAUCCCAGUGCAGAGCUGAGCUUACUGCUUGCAGAAGGCAGCAGAGAUGCACCAUGUGCCAGCCUGCUGAUACUGCCAUGGGUUUGAACGCUUGGGAAUCCACUUGCUUCUCCAGAAGGUCUGGUAAUCAGUAGGAAAAAGACUGGCCAGAGACACAAACUUGUGCCUUCAGUGAGUCAGAUUUGAUUGUCUCAAACAGUACAGAAAAAAUCAGAAAGAGUACAUUGCUUUUUAAGUUCUUUUUUUCCUUUGGUGAUUUCAUACCAUAUGUAUAUGUUUGUGUAUAAAUGCGUGUGAGUGUGUACAUAUAUAUAUAUACAUAUAUAUAUAUUUUAAAGCCAACCACAGACUUUGAAAGCAUUUAGCAAUAAGUUGAAUUACAGUAGCUUCUAGCACGUGUGAAUGGGUCAUGUGUGAAUAGCUCGUUUUUCACAGCAUCCUUGAACUUGGUAUAAGUCCACACACAGGCAUUGUCUUUGCAUAGGAGCAUUCAUGACUUACCCUUGCCAGUUCUGUUGUAUGGGCAAAAAGGGAACCUACUAUAUUUGGAUGUAAAUAAUGGGAAUUGAACAGAGAAUUUACAGAAUUUUUAUAAAUGUUUUUAAAAAAUUCAACACCAGAACUGUAAAUAUGUCGACCGUGGCUACUCAGCUGGACCCGUUCUGAUGUAUGUCACUUGUUUAGAUAAACAGACAAGGGGACUGCCUUACAGCGCCUGCGUUCUCUCCUGGCCAGCGGGUGAUAACAUUUUUGUGAAUGGUUAAAUACUGUCACUUACCCAAUUUCCUUUGGGUCAUUCACAUCAGGGUUUUGUGAUGCUGCUAUUAAUUUAUUAAAGAAAGUUUGUUGGUUUAAUCACUCUUAAUUUUUUUUCAUGGACUAUCAGAAAAUAAAUAAAUGAACAUGCCCUCUCUUUCU